AAGAAGUACGGCGUUGAUGCUCGCAACGACGGAUACAAGCCGGGUGGUGGAAAUGUCCGGACCACUAGCAAGACCACGACCUCCAAGGUAGACCCCGGGUCAAAGGCCACCACAGGUGCUGCUGCAGGCGGUGGAGCCGUCAAAAUCGAGACAAGAAAAGUCAAGGUCGAGGCCAAGUCAAAGGUGGGAUCGAUGGAGAAUGCCAGUCACAAACCCUCUGGGGGCGACAAGAAGAUUGAAAGCAAGAAACUUGAAUGGCGAGUAGAAUCUAAAGUUGGCUCGCUAGAUAAUGCAAGGCAUGUCGCUGGUGGUGGAGAUAAAAAGAUUGAGUCAAAGAAACUUGAAUGGAAUGCGGAGUCCAGGGUCAGAUCUUUAGACAAAGUCAACCACAGCCCUGGGGGUGGAGACGUAAAGAUUGAGUCAAAGAAACUUGAAUGGAAUGCGGAGUCCAGGGUCAGAUCUUUAGACAAAGUCAACCACAGCCCUGGGGGUGGAGACGUAAAGAUUGAGUCAAAGAAACUUGAAUGGAAUGCGGAGUCCAGGGUCAGAUCUUUAGACAAAGUCAACCACAGCCCUGGGGGUGGAGACAAAAAGAUCGAAGUCCAGAAAACAGAAUGGAGAGCCGAGUCCAAAGUCGGGUCCCUGGACAAUGCUAAACAUCAGCCUGGAGGUGGAGACAAAAAGACUGAAGCUGUGACCACAAAUGGCACCACUGAAAACUAAUCACCCCGCUCCAGCUGACAUUCGCCACUAGUUCUAGCCAAUGAGGAACAAAGAUCUUGUUGCCUUCGACAGCGUCUCAACCAAUCCGCAAUGGAUCUCUGAACCACGUGACAGACGGGGGGUGGGGCUACGACUGAAACGCAAAAUGUAUCUCUCAUCUGCUUAUGAAACUGCAGUCACUCCAGGAUGCGAAUACCCAUCUGGAAUUUCAUUUUCAGCUGACAUACAUCUUUCUGAGAGGUACCGACCCUCAGAAUCUUUAAUACAUUGUAUAUUUAACAGGAUUUGAAGUGUCAUAAAGGUUUUAUUAUUUGCAUGUAGCAUAGACUUGUGCAAAUAGACUUGAGCAGAGCAAAUAAUCCACAGAAUGUUAUGGGUUUUUCAUUUCUUACCCAGUAGAUGUCAUUAUGGAUAGCCUGUUUUCACAAACACUUGAGCAUACAGAGUUCUUGUUGCAUUGAAGCUUUGAUGUGUCUUAAAAUGAUUACUAAGUAUUGUAAGCUUCUCUUUAGGUCUUUUUUUUUUUUUUAGCUGUAUCCCCUGUCACUCUCACAGUUAUGAUGCUUAGUUUUUUUUUGGUUGUUUUUUUUCCCAUUGUUAUUUUGAUUAUACUGAUCUUUAUUACAGUAACUUUAUUUAUUAUUGCCAGUUCAUUUUGUCAACUGCGAGUUGUCUUUGUUUACAAUUUUGUAUGAGCUUUCAGUCUUGUGAAUAGUGAACUUGUGACAGCUUUUUAGUUUUUCACAACUUUCAUACAAAUAGCAAUGAUACCCUUCUAUACGUACUUAUCAACAUCAAUGACUCAUUACUCGUAUUCUUUAUCUCAGCAAUGAACUACUCAAUUAUCACUUUCUAAUUUUCUCCACUUUUACUGUAUUUCUCUUCCAUCCAAAUAAUCAAGUUGUAGCAAACGAUCUGUUUUUGAACUAGGUAAAUUUUCCUGAUCCUGUUACAAAAUUUUACGUCUUUUUCUAAAUAAGAUCUGUUGGUAACCUGUCAUCCAGAGGAAAAAUCACUGAAUAUCAGAAUGCCUUGUUAUACCUUUUCAAGCAUGACAGUUGUUUCUUUGUAAAACAACUAGAGUUGACCACAAGAGCAUACCAAAUCACGAACACGCUGAGGAUCUUGCCUCUAAGGAUCAUGGAAUUUAUUUUAGAAAAUGUAUUAGACCAUUGUAUGACCUUCCUAAUAUAAUUGAUAAUGAAACUUUCCGCUACGGGGAUUUGGUUAAAGUAAUUGCUAUAUACGCUGUGAUGUCUUGUGUUAAACAUUUUACAUUCCCCCAUCACACAAAACAAUAACUGUUUUUGUUCCUUCUGUGGGGGGUAGAUGGGAAACCUGUCUCUGCAUUCGUUAAUUGUUUUACCUUAUCCAAAAGAUCUCGGAUUUCAUUUUCAAUUUCUAUGUUUAAAACAGCACCCAACAAAACAAUAACAUUGAUGGUACCUUACUAUAAUUGAAUUCUGGUGUGACUUCAUUUCAAUGAGAAAACAAUCUAGCCACUUCAACAGUGCUUUUGAGGGAAAGAUUCAGGCUCCAAAUGAAAAGGAGAACUGAAUUUAUAACGGAAUAAUGCAAUUCAGACUAAAACAGAGACCUCAAAUUAUAUUAGUUGAGUAAAAAAGAAGUAGAUGUCAGGCUUGUUCUAAUAAAUAUUUCAUCAUUGUUACUGUGUAAAUAUAGUUUCUGGAGAAAAUUAUAAAUUCAAAAUGGCAUGUGACUUUCAUGACAUCUUUUAUGUCUGUUGUAACGACCAACAUUUAAUUCCUAUAAAAAGUAACUUUUGAGGCUAGUAAAGUAAGAACAAGCAGCUAUUACGAACUGACAGGAAAUAACAGUAAACUUUUGUCUUUUUAGCCAUCAUAGAACAAAAUGUAUGCAUACCAAAUUAUUCUGAAACCAUCUCUUUCACAUUAGAGCACUGGUGAUAUACAUUGUAUACAACAAUUAAAAAGGUCUCUUUUCUCGUACUGGAAGCAACAACAUAAAUUUGUCAUGAAGAUCUUUUGAAGUUUAUUCUAAGGACCUGCAGAAAAGAAUGUUUGUGAUUCAGGUUGGUUUACAGUUGCACAUUUGACCAUGUGUUAAUAAUGAGGCUGUUGUGUCUAUGAAUUUGUGAAUUAUAUUGUACCUCCACAUUCAACAGUUUACUCAUGGUACUGUCAUGAUUUGUUGUAUCAUACAUACAAACACAAUUGCUCAUCACGUGUUAGAAGCUUUUUUGUCAAGUUUGUCUUUACCUUUUCAGUCAUCCUUUGACUUCUCUUUAUUUUAUUUGUUUUUCUUUGAAGACUUUUUCAUUUUCUCAAGCAUCAGGUAAUAUGCAUAAUUGUUCAUUUGAAUUAUGCUUUCAGUGUUCAUGAGCUUGAACAAUAUUUUCCUUUCUAUGUGAUAAAUGUCAAUACACUGUUGUUUGUUUGUUUUCUCUGUUUCCUUUUGGCUCUAAUCCUCAUGCAAUUUCCUGAAUGUGAUUUGAUUCCCUGCUUCUUCUGUGACAUUACUUGUUCGGAGAAUCCGAACGCUUACCACAUUGACAAUAACGAAAUUCGAAAUAAUUUCCACAAUGUUUCUUCUCUUAUCCCUCUAACUCUAACCCAAGCAAUAGUCGCUGCUUCUCUAUCUAACCCAUGGCCCUUACUUUCCUUGUUCUGGAUUUCAUUGUGUCACAGUACAGAAGGUCAUUUGUCCGUGUCUCAGAACCAUUAGCGAAUAAACACAUCCCCACCCUGAAACACCCAUCCAACGUACACUGUGUAAUGGACUUUUUCUUACUAUACUUAGUAUUUCUGAAUAGCUUGAAACUUGUAUUAGCAUAUUUUUUACCAAAUAUCUAUUGUUAUCAUCAAAGAAUUGAGAUUUUAUCACAUUGCAGUUUAAGUCUCAAGAGAAUCACAAUUCAUUAAAAAAAGAUUCUGAGAGUGAAUAUUAUCAAAACUGUAAAUCAUUUUGUGUGUUGUCAAUAUGAUCCUGAAACAUCAUGAAUCUUUUCUAUCAAUUUGUUAUUUUCUUUUUCUGUUUCAAUCUGUAUUCCAAAUUGUAAUUCAUUAACUUUUUCUUGACAAAAGGUCAGGUUUGAUUUUCACCAUGCACUGUUAUCCCCCCCUUUUUGGAAUCCCCGGGACACAGGGUCUGUACACAAAAACUGACGGGCAAUGCUCAUCAUUGUCCUCAAAGAUCGAAAGACAUGACACUCGACGCUCGUCAACUCUCGCGAGCAUCUUGGCUCUGUCGCCAGGACAGAAAUUAUAGUCUAGACGACCUAUGUUGUGUUGUGAGUCUCAAAGAGGUUAAUAAAUGGGUUGUAAUGCUCUCCCAUCGUGUGCCCCUAUUUACCUAA